AUGGUUGAUCAUGUUGGCUUUAGAAGAUACUCUUAUGCAUUGCAACCAAUAUUUAAAGUUGUUUCCCGGAACACAAUCAAGACUGACAUCAUGAAGAUAUUUGAGUAUGAAAGAAAUAAAACAAUGAAAUUAUUAGACUCAAAUGCUAGUCAGAUUGCGUUGACAACUGAUAUGUGGACGGCAACUAAUCAAAAAAGAGGAUUCAUGGCCAUCACUUCACACUUCAUCGAUGUUUCAUGGAAAUUACAAAGUCAGCUUGUCAGGUUUAUAUAUGUGUCGUGUCCACAUAUUGCUGAGGUCCUCAAAAAUGCACUUGUUGAUUGCCUCUUGGAUUGGAACUUGGAUCCUAUGUUUGCUCGUUUGAAACAACGUGAGACUGGUUUGUCUUCUCCUCUACGCUCCCUCACUCGUCUCCUUCUCCUCUCCGCAGACCGCAGUGGUGCUUUCAUCUCCUCUCCGUAG